CCGUUUUGUAGCGAAAGAACUAGCCUUUUUCACCAGAGUUCCGACACGGUUUCAAGGAUCUUUUAAUUUUACAAAUAGUUUCCGCGGCCCACCAAGUAAAGAGAUUGACCGCAAGUGGAACAGAUUCUCUGCCAAUUGCGAGAUUGACAGCCUUAGUAUAGUGAGCCUACGGCGGCUAACAGAGGCAGCGCAGCCUAUAUUGACGGAACAGCCUCACUCAUAUCAGUCACCAUAGAGGAUAUUAGGCUUGCCAAUAAAACAUCAUCUCCAAACUCGAUCGAGACAACAACCGAGUACGGCGAAGAAAAUGGCGGUGGCUACAGGGGUAGCUUGGAGCUCUUCCAUCAACUACGCUGCCUCGUAUGCAUUUCUCCGCAUAUGGCCUGAUUAUGUGCUAAUACAAAAGAACACCUUCUCUAGAACCUCCUACGCAAGGCCGUGCGCAGCGAAUACUACAUCACGAUGCGACCCGGCCCGGACGGCCUCCGUAAUGCUACAUUAGCGACCCAUCUCGACCACUGCGUUGAGAUUCUGCGCCAGGUCCUCAGCUGCAACGGCGACGCUGGGCUCAUCACAUAUCACUGGGUCAAGGGCAACCCGACGACGUAUCCCGACUUUAACACAUGGCACCAAUGCCGGGACGCGGAAGCCAUCUUGGCAUGGUCUAAGCAGCGUGAGGCCCCAAUCAAGGUGCCGCUGGCAAAACAAUUAUUCCCGGCGCAUCAUGAGCUGGACGAGGCGCCUUGAUGGGGGAAGCGGCCAACACCAACAGCCACACCCGGGACAGAGUUGAGGAUUCGUGCAUAUUGAGGCGGCCAACACACAAAAGCCAGUGCGUCGCGUGAUGGGUAGAUUCAUGCAGCGCGGGCUGUAAAACCCGGGGUAUAGAUGCAAUAGAUAAGAAAGCGGCUGGAUUUGAAUCUGGGUUGGAGGGCAGAAUGCGGCUGCUGAUAAGCAGUGCCAAGAGCUGUGGUGCAUUGCGCCAUGCCACUCAUUAUGAUGGAGCGCGGUGUUGUGAGGAGUGUGUCAUGUUUAUGUGGCAGCGGUGUGGUGCUGAUGUGUUUCGGAUAGAAAUUGAGCUUGCUUUGAAGUUGCUCGUCUUUAAUUGUGCACUUACUGUAGUUAGUGAUGGCAUUAACAAGUAUAUCGAUGAUACGAAUGUUUUAACAAAGGUGAAGGAUCUCGAGCACCAAGUACGAGUGUGCGGAGGGCACGUGAGGAGGCGUGCGAUUUGCCUUGGAAGCUGCUGCUGUUUAGGCCGUUGU